CAGUCCGUGUUCUAGGGACAGGAAAGGAUCAUUGUGAAAAGAACAUUUAGUUUGAUAAAGAAUUCAAUUUCAUUUGCGGUGUCGGAUUGCACAGAUAUUGUCUGCUCAACUUUGAUAUAAAAGGCGGAGAGGAGGUGAUAACUGAAAGUGAAAUAAGAACAGGCCAAGGCUGAAAGGAUGAUUGUUUCUCAAAGUGAACCGUGACAGAAUGGUCGACUGUAUGAGCAAAGUCAUGCUGCACACUGCCCUAUCAUGCUGGCAGCCUUUCCUGGGGCUGGCCCUGUUGGCUGUCUUGGUGAGCUCAGCCCUGGGGUGUCCGGCCCGGUGCGACUGCUCGGCCCAGAGCAAGGCAGUCCUGUGUCACCGCAAGCGCCUGCCAGGCAUCCCUGACGGCAUCCCCAUCGAGACCCGGAUCCUGGACCUGAGCAAGAACAAACUGCAGGCCAUCAACCCUGACGACUUUGCUGCCUUCCCUGGACUGGAGGACUUGGACCUGAGUGGGAAUAUCAUCAGCUAUGUGGAGCCGGGAGCCUUCAACGCCCUGUUCAGCAUGCACUCCCUUAGCCUCAAGAGCAACCGCAUCAAGCUGAUCCCCCUGGGCGUGUUCACGGGCCUGUCAAACCUCACGCGCCUGGACAUCAGCGACAACAAGAUCGUCAUCCUGCUGGAUUACAUGUUCCAAGACCUGCACAAUCUGAAGUUCCUGGAGGUGGGCGACAAUGACCUGGUCUACAUCUCCCACCGGGCCUUCAGUGGGCUGCUUGGUCUGGAGAGACUCACCCUGGAGAGAUGCAACCUGACGGUGGUUCCCACCGAGGCGCUGUCUCACCUGCACAACCUGGUCAGCCUCCACCUGCGGCACCUGAGCAUCAGCACCCUGCACCCCUUCUCUUUCAAGAAGCUGUUCCGGUUGCAGCACCUGGAGAUCGACCACUGGCUGUCUCUGGACCUGGUGCCUGCCAACACGCUGCACGGUCUUAACCUGACCACCCUGUACAUCACCAACACCAACCUGUCCAGCUUCCCCUACCAGGCCCUGAGACACCUCCCCUACCUGACGCACCUCAACCUAUCCUACAACCGGAUCCGGCACAUCGAGGGGGGCUUGCUGACCGACCUAGUGCGUCUGCAGGAGCUGCACUUGGUCGGGGCCCAGCUCUCCACCGUCGAACCGUACGCCUUCCAGGGUCUCCGCUGGCUCCGAGUUCUGAACGUCUCCCACAACCGCUUGGACACGCUGGAGCGGGGCGUCUUCCAGGCGCCAGAGGCACUGCAGGCGCUGCUGAUCGACGACAACCCCCUGGUCUGCGACUGCCGCCUCAUGUGGAUCUUGCAGAAGAGGCACUCCAUGGUGUUCGGCGAGGCGCAGCCAGAGUGCAGCAACCCGGAGGGCAUCCGCGGCAGACCUUUCAAGGAGUUCAAGGAGACCCUGCUGUCCUACUACAUGACGUGCACCAAGCCAAAGAUCCGGGAGAACAAGACCCAGGCAGUCACCGUAGACGAGGGCCAGCCGGCGAAGCUGUACUGCAGCGCGGAGGGAACCCCGAGGCCGGCCGUGUCAUGGCUGUCCCCUCGUCGACGCCAUCUCACCAACAAGAGCCAUGGUAGAGUCACAGUCCACAACAAUGGGACCCUGGAGAUCAAGGCUGCAGAGGUGCAUGACGGGGGCGUCUACCUGUGCAUGGCGUCCAACUCUGCCGGGAACGACUCGCUGAUGGUUUCCCUGGCAGUGAAAAGCCUCGGAUCUCUCUACGCAAACAGGACCCAGUACUACACAGAUCCUAGCAAUACCACUGCCAAUGGGACUUCCAACGUGACCUUCGGCUUGGACCUAAAGACAAUUUUAGUGUCGACGGCGAUGGGUUGUUUCACCUUCCUCGGAGUUGUCUUGUUCUGUUUCCUGCUGCUGUUUGUCUGGAGCCGGGGGAAAGGGAAGCAUAAAAACAACAUCGACAUCGAAUACGUCCCUCGUUCCAAGUCCAACGGCACUAAUGUGGACAGCGCCGAGGUGCAGGCUGGGCCUCGGCACUUUAACAUGAAAAUGAUCUAAGAAGACACGUGUGUGUGUGUGUGUGUGCGUCUGGAACUCUUGGGAAUGUCCGAAGGAUUACGUAUUUUUAUUAAAAGAAUGGACCUCUGAGUUUCCCGCCACUGCAGGGAUGACGUUACCGGACAUGGAAACAGAAGGUUGUGGAGCCGUAAGAGGAAGCAGAUCUCUGACUCCGGGCCUAUGCGUUAAACACUGCAGACAAUGUUUGGAUGUUGUGUAAAAUGCCAGGACAUCUGUUCUCGCACAGUUGCCAUUGAGCUGUUUUAGCUCGGAAACUCACUAAUGAUCCGAAUCACUAUCCAGGGGACCUGAGAAGAAUAGGGAUCAAUAAUCUGCUUUUCAACAUUUGUAUGCCCAAAAAGAGCCCUUUGGUGUGAGGUUGUGAUUUAAAGACACUAAAAGAACCAUGUACAGUACAAAUUUGUAUCUAAAGUAUUACUCUUUGUUUAGUCUUGCACCAUACUUAUUCACCAAACAGAUUAACAAAUCCGAGCAUAACUAUCUCUGCCCAUGAUCUUGCAUACUUGUACGUAAUGCUUUAUUAUGUGCAUCUACGUAUGUGCGUAUUCAUCAAGAACUGUUCAUAGCAAUACUCAUGGGAUACAACAUCAGUGAAAAUCGAAAUGGCCCCACCUAAGCAAUUACUGUACCUUUUACUAAUGAGUGUCCAUGGAUAUAGGAAAGGGCUUUCAUGGGAUUGCAAGUUCACACUAGAGAGGAUGUGCUCCAGUUACCCUAAUUGACAGAGAGAUAUGAAAAUAUAUGAUUAUUUAUUAUCAUACGUGAAAUAAAAAAUAGAUUUUAUUUAUGAAAAUUGUUGAAUGGGUUAACAUAAGGGAACAAUCUAACACUAUUCAGGAACUAUAUAAACACUUUUGAUGACCUUAAAGCUGACAUUCCGGUCAGAAAAUCUACAUGGACCACAUUUUUGUUCUAAUCUUGUCUCUUUUUAUUUCUUUUACGGUAACCUUUGCCUGAAGGCAGGAUACAUGAGUCCAUUUUACUACAGUGACGUUAACAUCCUUUUUUCCCCCAGUAAGACAUUUGGACUCUGUCGUGGUAGUUUCUCAUUUUGUUGUUGAAUCAUUUAGAUUGUGAAAGUUCAAAGUAAAAGAAAAAAAAAUCAUGUAUGUGAAAUAAAUGAAGAUUUAUUUGUACAA